AUGCUUCUAGCCAAUCGAACAAAACGAAAGGACUUGGAUACUAUGACCAAAAAAUCUCCGGCAUCCGACCCUCCGGCUCGAUUUAACCUUACCGGUAUUCUUCGCCGUUUCAACAAAAAGGACGAAUCUUUGAGCGACCCAUCAAUAUCCGGCUCAAAUUUUGCAAAUUCCCGUCCUAAUGCACCUCGAUUAACCGUCAACACAACUGAAUCCCAUUUGCAAAUUCCAACCUUGACCUUUGUUGAAUCGCACAAUUCUUCCAGCACUUCCACCCCAAACCCUUCCGACGACCACACCUACUCGUCGUUUACCACGGAAUGCAUAUCUCUUCCCAAUAGCGAAAUGACGUCACAUGUAGAACUCGAUGCCAUUGAUGAAGAAAUGAGUCCCAUUAUGGAUGUGCCUUCACGUCCACUUGCGCACAAACUACGCAGCCAGAUGCAACGGCAAUCACCCAAAGAGUCGGACGUUGAGUCGUUUGAAAUGGACGAAUCGCAAGAUAUUACCGCCUAUCUCUCUGAAACCGAGUCUGAUUUGGACUAUAAUCCUCAAAUUGAAGAGUGUCCUAGUGAGUAUGUCGAAGGCGGUUAUCACCCCGUUAACAAGGGCGAAGUGUACUACUCGAGUCGGUUUCCCGGACGUGAAUACAUCGCGCUUCGCAAACUUGGUUGGGGUCACUUCUCUACUGUGUGGUUGGCCAAAGCCCGCUACAAUCCGGCUGUGGAUUCCAAAGACGAAAACGACUCGUAUGUCGCCAUCAAAUUUGUCAAGUCAAGCCAAAAUUAUACUGAGGCGGCACAGGACGAAAUCAAAAUCUUACACACUUUGCAAAAUCCACUCGAAGACGCCGAUUAUUUGCAAGAGCACCACCGGCGCUAUUUCGACCGGUUUAUCGAUGAUUCCGGCCGCCCAACGAAACACCCAGGCUUCCAGCGAAUCAUGACACUUUAUGACGAUUUCACGGUGCGUGGACCGCAUGGUGAUCACAUAUGCAUGGUUUUCGAGGUUCUAGGUGAAAACAUGUUGAGCAUUGUGGGACGCUACAAACACCAGUCCAAAUUGGCGAGAAAUGACCACUCCAAGACAAACGACCAUUCCAAGUUGAAGAGAAACGACACAGAAUUGUCUUUCAGCAAAAGCGAGACACGCAAGAAAAAUACGAGAUCGCUUUUGAGCUUGGGUAUUCUCAAAAAGCAAGAUGGAGAAUUCAGUUCUGAGCAGCUGUCGACAUCACUCAAACUCAAUCAAAUAAGCCAAUUGUCCCACGGUGGCAUUCCGUUUCCUCUUGUGCGUCUGAUAGUGAGACAAUUACUUUCGGCGCUCGAGUAUAUCCAUCAUUGUGGUAUAGUUCACACCGAUUUAAAGCCCGAGAAUAUCUUGAUGGAAAUCCAAGAUGUGAGCCAUUUGAUCCGCGGCAUCGAGGAGCAGAAAGUGGCUCGGUUUUUGCAUCACCAUGGCUCAAUAGCGGAGUCUUUUGCCUCGGGAAAGCAAAGCAAAAACCAAACAAGACCGUCGUAUCUUUGGUCUAAGACCAGCGGAUCGACUUCAGGUUCCGACUCUGUUGGUUCGGCGUGCUCAGUGUCGUCCUCAUCCAGAUUCGGAACCACCAUUUCAACCUACACACCGUCUCGAAACUCGGUUCCAGGAAAAUACGAGUCGCCGGUGCGGUGUUCCAAACCGCUUUCGCAGCUUUCAGAAACCCCAGCUUUCAAAGACGUUUCGUAUUCGGCGCCCGGAAGGCACCUGUCGCUUCCUCGCGCCAGCCCCAAGACGAAGCAAUUGCCCGUUGUCGACGAAAUCAAGGUGAAAAUUGCAGAUAUGGGAAAUGCAACUUUUUCUCAUUCUCACUUUACCGACCUGAUUCAAACCCGCCAAUACAGAUCUCCAGAAAUCAUUCUUCGCCAUAAGACUUGGGGCGCCAGCACCGAUAUCUGGUCGGUGGGCUGCAUAAUGUUCGAGCUUCUUACCGGAGACUACUUGUUCGAUCCUCAUAAUGGCGACAAGUUCGACAAAGACGACGACCAUUUGGCUCAGAUCAUAGAGCUUCUAGGCGAGAUGCCCAGUGAAGGGUACCUCAUGAACUGCAAAGCUGCGUCCAAAUAUUUCAGAGUGGGCGACAACGACGAGGUGCGCUUGAGGCGUAUUUCCCCAUUGAAAUUUUGGGGGCUCGAAGAUGUGCUUGUGGAAAAGUACAAAUUCGAUCGUAACGACAUCAAUGUUAAACUUGUAUCGGAUCUUAUUCUCAAGUGUCUUCGGUUCAAUUUGGACGAGCGUUUUGAUGCAAAAUCCUUGCUUUCUCAUCCAUGGCUCAACGACGAUCUUGACUGGUCUUCGUUGGAUAUGGAGAGACUACAGCGUGCUCGUCCUAGUCACGUCAGUGACGUUCCAGGGUUUACUCUGGAAGAGUAG